GCCCCGUCGAAUGUCCCGAUUGACAGCUCUCGCUCAGCCCACUCGGCUGCUAGUCGAGCCGAUUCGGUCGACCUUUCUCGGCCCCAUCGCCUGACGCCGCGACGGCCACACGUUCGACACCCCACACCCACCCAUCGAUUACCACCAGUGACGUUUUGUAGCCAAUCCGCUGGCUCGCCACCUAGUGAUGGGGCCGAGCCCGUCUGUUGCCGCGUCACCUCGCGGGGCUGCGAGUGACCGCCACGUGGCCGCAGGCGCCCCUGACAUUCCUCGUAACCAUAGCUCUGGGGGAAACCGUGGGUACCCCCGUUGUGUUGCACUGCGGCUUCUGUCCGCGCGUGGACGAGGGGCGGUGCUUCCAACAAUCCCCUCGCAUCCUACCAGCCCCCGCUUGUACCUCUGCCUGCGCGCACCUCUGCCUGCACGCACCUCUGCCUGCGCGCACCGGAGCGGCCCGUGGAGGUGGUCUUGAAGAGCCACGGGUCCCGGGGGAGGGGGGGGCAGGGGAGGGGGUGACACGGUGCGGCCCUCUUGAUGAGGAGCGGCGCGAGAGAGCGCAGCGGCUGAGGCGGUCGUAGAGAGCACCCCGCUGCCCGCGCGCAGUCGGCCUGGGAUUGGCUGCGCCGCGAGAGAAGCAGGUUCAGAUGUGAUCUCGGCCAGGAGCGAGCAGCCAACAGCCAUGGCGUCGUUCGCAAGUGACUCCAUCCGCCCGCCCUCGAGUGCUCUCGUCCGCCCACCCGCAGCUUCCUCCAGCCCCGUGCCUCAUCACUGCAGCGCUCCCGCAUCUCCCGCCGCACCUCCAGCUGCACCGACCGCCCUGCGCUCGCUUCGUCGCGGGCAGCUGCUUCGGCUGCGGAGAGCGGUGCUGCCGCUGCCACGGCUCGUAGCGCUGCUCGCCCCGCUGGUCAUGGUGGCGGUAGCAGGCGCCGUGGCGGUGUCGGCUAGCGGCAGUCGUGGUGCCAUCGAGUCCGCAGGGGAGUCGCAAGCCGUCCUCAGCGCCCUGAACCUCGCGCGCGCGCGCAUGGCGGCGCUGUUUGUGUUCGGGGACUCGCUGGUGGACGUGGGCAACAACAACUUCGGCUCCAACCGCUUCCUGCGCGCAGACAUGCCGCCCUACGGGACGAACUACAUUGAGGCGUCGGGACGCUUCUGCGAUGGCCGCCUGCAGAUCGACUACCUAGCGCGCUACUUGGGUCUGCCUUCCCCGCCCCCUGCGCUGCAGCCGGGGCGCAAUGCCUCUCUCGGACUCAACUUCGGCAGUGCUGGGGCGGGCGUGCUCGAUGGCACCAACCCGGGGCAGACAUUCCCGCUGUCCUUCCAGAUGGGGAAGUUCCGGGAACUGCACGCAAUGGUGAUGGAGCAACACACCAGCGAGCGCGGCACUCGCAACAACAACCACACGGCUGCUUUUUCAAAUGGUGGUGAUGAUGGGUACGCGGGAGAUGCCGGCAGCGGCGGCAGCAGCAGCAGCGGUGGCGAGGGGAGCCUUCCAGACAAGAGUGUCCUCGCCUCAGCACUGUAUGUGGUGCAGGCCUUGGUGUCAGCGCUGUACGUGGUGCAGCUGGGAUCCAACGACUACCUGUACCUGCUCUCGCGCCUCAACCUCGCCCUUGUGCCCGCCAUCCCCACCUCCAACGCCACGCGCCCUCGCCUCCUCAACACCUCCUCUCUGCCGCCAUUGCCUAACACGACUGCUCUGCCGCCCUUGCCAAACACCACUGCCCUGCCGCCGUUGCCAUUCGCCACUGGCGCCUCCAGCGCAACGGCCAGUGCGUCCAGAGCACCCGCAUUCCCGCGCCUGCGCCGGGCAGUGGGGCGUGUCGCGCAGCCGCUGGAGGAGGCGGUGAGGCGCCCGUCGCAGUCGGUGGAGGAGAGCCUGGCGGCGGUGGGGCGGUUCUCACAGGCGCUGCUGCCCACCAUCGUGGCGAGCAGCCAGGGAACUGUCGAUGCCGUGCAGUCCCUCUACGACAUGGGCGCGCGCCGCUUCCUCGUCUACUUCCUCCCGCCCAUCACGUGUGUGCCCGCCCUCAUGCAAGCGCUGGGCACGCGCAUGUGCGCUUCACCGCUGAGCGUCGUGCCGCGCGCGCACAACGCACUGCUGGCGGCGGGGCUGCAGGCGCUGCAGGCACGGCUGGCGGGCAUCGUGAUAAUCACGGUGGAGGAUGGCGAGCUGGUGACGAGGGCUGUUGAGCAGCCUGAGGCGCUCGGCUUCACCUCCGGCCCCGCGGCAUGCUGUGGCGGCCCUCCGCCUCUGAACGGGCUGGUGCAGUGCGGGCGCACAGCGCUGGUGGGGGGCAACGCCACCACAUACACGGUGUGCAGGCGGCCCGGCCAGCACGUGUUCUGGGACGCCUUCCACCCCACGCAGCGCCUCAACUGCAUGCUGGCAGGACAGGUGUGGCGCGGGGGUGCGGCAAGUUGUGGUGAUGAUGGUGAUGAUGGGGAUGCUGGGGAUGAUGAUGGGGAUGAUGGGGAUGAUGGGGAUGAUGGGGAGGAUGAUGGGGAUGAUGGGGAUGAUGGGGAUGAUGGGGAGGAUGAUGGGGAUGAUGGGGAUGAUGGGGAUGCUGGGGCUACAGGUGGCUUGGUGGGCAAUGCUAUGAGCGAGGAUGAUGCUGUCAGUGGAGUUAUAGUGCGUCCUGUUGGCCUGAAGGCUCUGGCAAGUUACUUGGCACAGGAGGGUGAAUGAGUGAAACAACUUGUGUCUUAUCUUCUCACUUGUAUGUUUUUGUUAUGGAACACUUUGUUACAACUUGUAUCUUUCAGUGAACAUUUUGAUUUAGGC